GCGGCGGGGACAGGGGGACACUUGCCGCAGUACGCUUGGACCCGUGCGCACAGACCGAGAGCGGGCGUUGUGCGCAGGGGCGGGCGCCCAGCGGGCUUGGCAUGCGCGCCCCCGCCCGGGGCUAUAAAAGCCUUGCCACCUGCUGCCACUAGCCACGCAGUUCGUCCACUUACUGGAGGAGCCAAGUCACCGUCUCCAGUGCUGCUUGCCUCGACAUGGACCCUGAGACCUGCCCCUGCCCUACUGGUGGUUCCUGCACCUGCACCGACUCCUGCAAGUGCGAGGGAUGCAAAUGCACCAACUGCAAGAAGAGCUGCUGCUCCUGCUGCCCUGCGGAAUGUGAGAAGUGUGCCAAGGACUGUGUGUGCAAGGGUGGCGAGGGCGCCGAGGCGGAGGCGGAGAAGUGCAGCUGCUGCCAGUGAGGACGUGUCCCUCUGGGUGGCUCGUGUGUGAAUAGUGCCCGGUGGCCCAGGGCCAUCUCUGCCAUGGUGGGGUGUGGCUGUUGUCCCCUUCACCUGCUGCCCACUGCGAGUGACAAUAAACCUGAUGAACAGCAUGAA